UUGCAAUUACUGUAAUGACAUUACCAAUUAUUGGGUUACCAAUUAUUGUUAACGUCUUUUAUGGGGAGUGCAAUAUUUAUUAGGCUGAUAACUGAUUUUUUCGGCCUAAUAAAACUUGGUGAAUGCAAUCAUUAGGAGUCAAAUAUCGGAGAAAUUCCUCACAUUCCCAUAGUUUGUGUGCGCAUACCACUACGUGGAGAGCUGAAUUUAUCUCCAUAACCUAUCAUUGCAGUUUCCAUUCUAAGGGGGUAUGUUCUCUGAUUCAACAGCGUGUAUUUAUCUAUGGGAUUGAAGUCUGCCACAAAAGACAAAUGACAACGCUCAGGUGUUCUGUGACAUUGCCUUUCCGUUGAGAAAUUUAAAGUGAAACGGUUUGUUGUAAAUAUAGAUACUUUAUCMAUUGAUAUAAGAUCAAACUCUAUUUGUUUAAUGUUUCGAUAUUGGUGUUGGUGGAAGUUUUGUACGCACCAGUGAUAGUUUCUGCAGUUAUGUUUUUCCAGAUUUCCCCUGGGGUUCAAAAGAGGGCCAAAUGUACUGUGCCGAGGAAAGUUAAUGACGAGGAGUCCCGAGUGGAAGUUGUGUCGCUUGCCCCAUUUACAGCCAGUCCAAAACUGGAGUUUAACAAUGUUUUGGCAGGUACUGCAGCAACCAGAAAACUACUUGUGAAAAAUCCUACAGGAUUUGACAUCGAUCUGUUUAUAGAAAAACAUAUGCCAGAUGAAAUGGACGUGGUUCUAAGCUGGAGUGAAUGCAAGCUUCAAAAAGGAACUAAUCGUCUAUUGGAAGUAACAUGGAGACCCGUUAAAGAAGAAGUGUGCAGACAUAAAUUAGUGUUUUGCGAUGGACAACAGAUGAACAAAAAUAUAUUUAUCAUAUUUAGAUCUGUUGAAUUAACGGAAACGAAAGUGGGCAGGACAGUAAAGAAAAACAAUUCAAAGGCCAUAUCAUGUCAACUAACCAGAAAAACCGUAUCUCCGACAAAAAAGUUUAGUUCUCAGAGAAACUCGUCAAAGAUGCCAACUGCAUCAACCAGCCGUUCAAAGAUCGAAAAGGAAAAUGUUUCUCCUUGCUUCUCGAAGCAGCCAUUGCAAUAUUCAAUAACCAAUGUUUCAAACGUGAAAUCAUUUGUCGACGAAAAGGUAUGGAUGUUUCAGACGAAAGGGUCAGUGAUGCACGGAUUACCUCCAUUCGAAAGUGCAUUUGCAGAUCCACGAAGAGAAACAUUUACAGUUCGCCCUCCGUUGAUGCCAUCUAUAAAUAUCGACAGUCCGCAAAAGAAAAGUCCCGAUUAUUCUUUUGGUACUAAAAACAGUCUUUCAGAUACUAAACAGAUAUUUGCCAUAAAUACGUCUAAUGAACUGUGGGAUAGUCUGGAGUCACCAUUAUUGCGAAAAGGGCAUGCCAGAGCGUCGACGCCUAGCUUAGAACAAUUGUUAAUAAGUGCCAAUGCUGAUAAUUAUGAAAGAAGAUCAAACAGAGAUGGCUGUGAUAGUUUGUUCACUCCUCUUAGCAACUCAACGACCAGGAAACCAGCAUCAAUUGAUAUUUCCUUGGAAAAUUCAAGUAACGUAGCGAAUUUUUUUGGACAGGCCGUUGGGCCUGUAAGUCAGUCUCUUCUGAAUGUAGGAACGACUUGCCUAAAGAGCAAUGUUAGCACAGAGACAUAUGUAGUCAACAACUGUAGUUCGGAUACAUUUUUGAAAACUGACCUCAGUGGAGGAACUUACGUGAAAGACGAGUCAGUUAAUAUAUUAGAUGUUUCUCCAUGUACUACUGGAUUCAGUUUACAAAUCGGCAACAAACGCAAAAGUUCAAUAAUUGGAGAGCUGCCAAGCAAAAGAGAGCGAUUCCAAACGUCAUCUGUUCCCGCUUUUCGGUUAUCAAAAAGCACGAGUGGACUAAACUUGAGACAAUUUUCUAGGUCUAGUGGCGAAAGUCGCCAUAAUCGUAUUACGUGUAUAUCGGAAACAACAAACCAAACUGUGAUUAUCAAGAAUCCUUUCCUGUAUGCAAAUAUAAUAGAUCCAUUCAUGACGUAUUCGAUUUACAGCAAUGAGAAUUGGUUUAACCAGCAAGAGAAGAACUUUGAAAAGUGGCUAAACACUCUUUUAACACCGCCGAAGGGGUUAGAUGCUAAAAGUGAAAUUGAUAUUGCAAAAGUUUGGCAAGCAUGCACUACCGAAUCCGUACCUUUAGCUCCUUCCAAAGAAAAAAUGUCUGUUGAAUACCAUACAAACAAGAAACUUUAUCAGUUGAGAAAGCAAGCUCAAAACUUGUUCAGAUCCAAGCAAAUGAGUGAUGUCUUGCAAAAAGUAUGUCUAGUCGUUGAGACGGGAAAAUUAUCAAUUCGCAGUGACAUGGACAUCCACUUGAAUCUAAAGUUAAAGUCUAACAUAAUCCGUUUACUGUUGGGAUAUAACCCUUUAUGGUUGAGAAUCGGUUUGGAAACGAUUUAUAACGAAGUGAUUCCAUUAAGAUCAAAUUCUGAUUCGCAAGGUUUGGCUAAUUUCCUUCUAGAAAGGUUUCUGAAGGAUCCCUAUUUGUUGAAAAAAUACAAGAGCAUGUAUGCUCCAAAUUACUCGUCAGAAGUAAAAAAAAUGAUCUUAAAAAGAUUUCUUAUACUGGUGUACUUUCUGGAUAGAUCGAAAUCGGAGAAAUUGAUACAGCAUGACCCAUGCUUAUUCUGUAAAAAUGCCGCUGAAAAGGCAAGCAAGCAGAUGCUGAUUCACUUUGCUAGAGAAACCUUGGCAGCAGUAGGGGAUAUCACCAAAUACCUCAGAUGCAUAGGAUAUGUAGUGAACCAUUCUCAGUCGUACAUUGAGGAAUUUGAAUAUGGUGUUCAGAACCUGGGUGUCGAUUUGCGUGAUGGCGUGAGACUCGCUAAAGUAAUGGAGAUCAUCCAGAUGAGAAAUGACCUCACUCCCAGACUUCGUGUGCCGGCCAUUUCUCGGCUACAGAAAAUUCACAAUAUGCAGCUGGUGUUUACAUCUCUGAAAGAAACUGGAUAUGAAAUAAUGUAUGAUAUAAUUCCUAAGGAUAUUGUCGACGGCCACCGGAACAAGACCCUGUCAUUUCUGUGGCAAAUAAUAUACAAGUUUGAAGCCCCUCUAAUGGUAAAAAGUGCAACAACAGUUCAGACUUGGUUUAGGAGCUUACCGGUGCAGCUGAAACGACGUAAGUUACAGAGAGUGCACCAAUGUAGAGAAAGCGCCGCACAAAAAAUUCAGUCGUGGUACAGGCGGCAAAAGAAAAUUCAGCUUUAUUGUGCCUUAGGUAAAUUUCUUCAAACAUAUAUUAACGAUCAAAAACAACUUCGUGCUGUAAUCAAGCUGCAAAGAUUUUUCCGAAUGAUUAUUUGUCGCCGUAAUUUCGAAAAGCAGCGCUAUAUCAUUGUAAAGCUUCAGGCCUAUUCCAAGGGAUGGUUGAUCAGACACAAUUACAGGCGAAGGGUCGAUGCAGCUAUGGUUAUUCAGAAAAAUAUUAGGCGCUUUAUUUGCCGCCGGAAAUUUAUACGGCUUAGGAAAGCUGCUCUUACCCUACAGUAUGCGUACUUAGCCAGAAAAUCCAUGCUGAUUGAAAAGCAGAAGUUCACAAAUUUAAAAAGGGCUGUCUUAAUAACUCAAAGACGUUUUAGAGCUAAGUUGUUAAUGAAGAAUUGUCACAAAGAAUACAGCGCACUUCGAGAGGCGACUAUCAAGAUCCAGAGUUUUUAUAGAAUGUACCACGCCAAAAGGCAAUUUACACAGUUGAAAUCGGCAUCCAUAACUAUUCAACGUCGGUAUAGGGCAAUGAUAUCAAUGAGAGCAGAAAAGAAGUAUUACCUUGCUUUACGGAAUGCUGUUCUAUUUGUUCAAAGAAGAUUCAGGGCUAAUCUGUUAAAAAGCUCAGUUCAGAAAAGAUUCCUAAUUUAUCGACGUUCGGCUAUUGCCAUUCAGUCUUAUUACAGAAUGUAUCGAAUGAGGAAAUACUUUAGAACCUUGAGAAAAAGUGUAGUCUUUUUGCAACGAACGUUCACUGCUAAACAGCUAAUGAAGAGAGAUGUGGAAACCUACAGAGCAUUAAAAAUGGCAGCUAUAACCGUACAGCAACAAUUCAGAGCUAAGAUCAAAGGCAGGCAAGAUCGUUUGUAUUAUAUUCAGCUAAAGAAUGCUGUAGUAAAGAUCCAACAAAAACACAGAGCAAAUAAAUUGAUGUUGAAAAAUCAACAAAAAUAUAUUGAAAUUAGAUCUGCCACAUGUAAGAUUCAGAUAUGGUAUAGAUCACUACUCUCCAUGCGAGUUACCAGACACAGGUACUGUUCACUAAAACGAAAUGUGUUGCUAAUUGAACAGCGAUUUAUAGCUUUAAAGUUGAUGCGCGCUACUCGAGCGCAAUAUCAAAAUAUUCGCAAUGCUGCCUUAAAUAUCCAGCGCAGUUACAAAGCCACGGUUGAAAUGAGAGCUUGUAGAGCAUCAUUCUUGGAACUCAGACGGACAGUCAUUAUUUUGCAAAGGAAGAUCAAGGCUAAACAGAUUAUGAAAAAGCACCGUCUUCACUAUGAGGAGCUGCGCAAAGCUGUUCUUUGUAUCCAAAGACGAUAUAGAGAAAAAACAGAAACAGUUUUGCAACGUGAUCAGUUUAUCAAACAGAAAAGAGCGGCAAUUCGAAUUCAGCGUUGGUAUCGCUCAGUUGUGGAAAUGCGCAAAUGCCGAAAUUAUUUCUGGACAUUAAAAAAAGCUGUGACCAUAAUUAAAAGUCGUUAUCAUGCCACAAAGCAAAUGAAGAUUGCCGCAAAAGCAUACGAAAACUUACGAAAAGCUACCAUAUCAAUCCAAAGCUAUUAUCGGCGUGUGUUGAUAGUCCGGCAAUGCAGGAAAGAACUGUUACAAAAACGAGUCGCUGCAAUAACCAUUCAGAGAUACUUCCGAAACUAUCAAAAUAUGAAAGUUUUGAAUGAUCGGUAUCAGCAACUGCGAUGCACUACGCUAUUUGUUCAGAGAACUUAUAGAGCUAAGCGAGAGAUGUUGCAGUGCAAAUCCGCCUAUGAAUCUCUUAGAAAGGCCAUAGUUUUCAUUCAAACAAAGUAUGUCGCUAAAAAAAUGAUGCAGAUACAAAGAACAGAGUUUCUUCGCUAUAGGGAAGCAAUCGUCAAUAUUCAGCGGCGAUAUAAAGCCAACAUUUUGAUGAGACAAGAUAGAACCGCAUAUGUAAAGAAUAGGAAAAUGGCUAUUAUAAUACAACAAAAGUAUCGCGCCAUCAAAGCAAUGCGAAAGGAGAAAUCGAACUUCGAUGUUUUGAAAAAAUAUACAAUUCUUAUUCAGCGUCGGUUCAGAGCCAAGAAAAUGGGGAAAUUGUGUCGUUCAGAGUAUAUUUUAUUAAGAUCAGCAACUGUAACAGUGCAAUCGCGCUUUAGAGCUACUCGCUCAAUGUUAUCAUGCGCCAGGCAAUAUUCGAAGUUAAAAUGGGCAACACAAGUGAUUCAACGCAGAUUCCGAGCUCAAACCUUAAUGAAACUUGAGAUGAACCACUACCUUAAAAUCAGAAGUGCCACUUGCAUCAUUCAAAGGCGAUUUAGAGACACAGUUUUAAUGAAAAUUCGAAGAACGUGGUUUCUAAAAUUAAAAUCUUCAGUUAAUAUAAUUGAGAUGUAUUUCUUAUAUUAUCGUAAGAUGAAACAACAAAGACAGCUGUACUUGAAGCUCCAUGCUGGAACUCUUUGCAUUCAAAAGUUUGCCAGAGGUUAUUUGGCGAGAAGAAAAUUUGCUCCGUGUCUCACAAAAGAAGCGAUCCAAAUGAGAAGAGAGUUCAAAAGGCAAAAUGCAGCAGCUACAACGAUUCAGGCAAUUUGGAGAGGUUACGUCUUCAGAAAAUUAAACAUCUCUCGAUUAGCUUCUUUGAAGAAACUGCAACAGAGAAGAUUCUCACAGCCCAAGAAAAGCAAAACGUUAGCUCAACGAUCUGAAGAUGCAAUGACUUGCAUGAUCACAAAGAAUUCUUCAUUGCAUCUGAUUCUGGCUGCUUUGGAAGACUUAGAAUUCAUAGUAAGGCAUUGUCGAGAAGUUUCCAUUAGAAUGAGCAACAUUCUGCCCGACCAGUUGUACAGCAUUAUAGGGGCUGCCGCGCGAUCGUUACCUGAAAUGAAUACAAUUAAUGUAGCAACGCAAAUCUUAAUUACAUUCUGUAAAUACCCACAGACUCGACAGAAUAGCUUUAAUGCGGAUUACAUAGACGGGAUGAUCGGCAUAAUGCUUCACUGGUGUGACAAGGAAGCGCCACUUUUCUGUACCAUGUGCACAUUAUUAUGGUUGUUCGCACAAGAGCGCAAAUGGAAAAAGAUUAUACUUAAGCUACCAAACAUCUACCAGAAGCUUGAAAAAAUUGAACUAGCAAUUAAUCGAAAACAAACUAUGGUUUCAAAUUCUAAAAAGAGUAAUUUGCAUUCGGUUUUUGUCACAAACAAAGCUGCUCUUACAUUGCCUACCACAACAGCCACUUGGGGACUGGAUUACCAUAAACCAGUUACGUUUAGGGCUGCACCAUUUGCAUUUAAAUGUUGUUUGUCUGCUUUAGAUUUGUUAUAGUAAUUUUUUUUGUAUCAUUUUAUAUAUU